AUGCUUCAUGUAUUGGUAGUGAGCGUGCUUAUAAUGAGUGCGAUGGCGAGUGUGGAGCACUGUCCCGGUGGUUUCCCAUCACCGUCAGACGAGACGAAAUGUUUCAAGAUGGUGUCGGAGAAAACGAGUUACGGCAAAGCAGUCCAAGCAUGCAUGGCGAUGCCGAACCACAACCUAGCCGAGAUUUCGGACCCCUUAGAGAAUGACGAACUGCAAUUGUUGAUCUUAGUACAAGGAGCCGCAAUUGACGAAGAAUACCUCUGGAUUGGUUUGGUUGAUAACAAUGGCACUUGGGAGUGGUUAAACGGAGAGAAGUUAGCAUUUAGUAAUUGGGCACAGAGGUUUCCAAGACGAGGUUUUUUCACAGUAUGUGGUGCUUUGAACACGCUGACUGGAGGUUGGGAGAAUCACGACUGUCGAAUGAAGUAUCCAUACUUUUGUAGCAAUCAGCAGUACGGAAAAUCAUCGAUUCUUAGAAAAUUGAGCGUCCUAUUGCGCGCAAAGUCACGCUGA